AUGUCUCAAAAGCCGGCUAUUAUCAUCGCCCAGGGCUCGUGGGUGGACUCCGCUAGGUACAACCCAUUGAUAGAAAAGCUUCGUGCGGUAGGAUACACAGCUGAACACGUCAAGUUGCCUUCGAUAGGUAGCACCGUAACUCCACUCCCUGGCUUACCGGACGAUAUUGCUGCGAUUCGAAGUGUCCUAUCUCGUUUCAGGGAUGAUGGAAAGAAAGUGCUCAUUUUGUGUCACUCUUCGGGUGGAGUUUCUGGUAGCAAUGCCGUUGCUGGAUUCGAUAACGUCAGUGGCGUUAUUUAUAUGACGGCGUUUAUGCUUCCCCGCGGGAAAUCUCUAGCUCGAUUAAACGAUAGCGAACCUCCACCAUGGAUGGAUGUUCAAGGAGAUCGGAUAUUUCUCCGUCAGGAGAUGUUGGCGAGUGUCGCCUACCACGACCUCGACGAAGAAAGCCAAUCGGCAAUGGCUCAAAACGUUUCGUAUACUUCAGCCGUUCUUUUCGAAGGAGAAUCGGAAUACGAGCCUUGGUCUGAAGGCAUACCUUGCGGAUAUAUCUUCUGCUCAGAAGAUAAAAUAUUGCCUCCGCAAAUCCAGCAAGACAUGGCAGCACAGUUAGGGCCUGAACCCGUUACUACGACAUUGAAAUCCGGCCAUUCUCCAUUCCUAAGUGUGCCAGAUGAGCUUGUUGCAGCUAUAACGAAAAUGGAAGAAAUAUUGAGUCAAAAGUUGGUAGUUUAA